CGAGGUCGUCUCAUUGCGCCGCGUGACUGUGCAACACCGGAUCGCUGCUUUACUCCCGUCGCGGAACCGGCCGCCCAUCAGUCAAACCGGUGCUGCUUACUGAGACGCGCAUUCAGUACCCGCGCGAGCGUGUUGCUGCACAUAAAUUCAACAAUGGCAACACGAGCCCAGAAGCACUUCGCAACCAGUCUCCUCCAGCAGAUUCACCGCCGCGGCGCCGCCGAGUUGACAAUAUGCCGGCCGUGCAGAUCACAGCUUCGCCCCUUGCAUACAAGCCCGCCUCGAGCGUCGAAAGCUGCGGCGCCAGGGAUACCUUCGUCAACCCUCUCGAAGGAACCUGGGCGGCACGCUCGUAAGGCACGAGUGGCGCCAUUGGGCUUUCUUGUUGGCGGCGGCGUUCUUGCAUCCCUGUGGGCGUACUUCCAGCCCGGCAAUGACAACUCCAGGCUGGAUGGCGCCGGCUCAGCCUCGACCGCCUUGACCGACGACCGAGACCCUUCCCUGCCACGAUACCGUCUCGCAGACGUACGGAAACACGAUGCUUCCUCGCCCGAACCAUGGGUUAUGUUCGAAGACAAGGUGUACAAUAUCACGGAUUGGGUCGCUGCCCACCCCGGCGGCGACGUGAUCCUCCGUGCGGCUGGCGGGAGCAUUGAGCCAUACUGGAACAUCUUCACAAUCCACAAGUCGCCCUACGUACGGGAGAUUCUUCAGCAAUACCAGAUUGGAUACAUCGACGUGGCGGACCUGGGUCCCAACGGCUUGCCGGCGGCUGAGACCAUCGAGGAUCCCUUUGCUCACGACCCGACCCGCGACCCGCGCCUCAUCACACAUACGGCCAAGCCGCGCAACGCCGAGCCGCCGAACGAGGAGCUCGACCGCACAUUCCACACCCCCAACGAGCUCUUUUACGUGCGUCAUCAUAUGUGGGUGCCCGUCGUAGACGACGCAAAAGCGGACGAGCACGUGUUGACUAUCGAGCUGCCGGAUGGAGAAUCGAAGCAGUAUACGCUGGAAGAUUUGAAGACAAAGUUCCCAACACAUAAGGUUACGGCUGUGCUGCAGUGUAGCGGGAACAGGCGGAACGACAUGACGCGGCACGCAGGGAAAACAAACGGUCUGCAGUGGGGCGUGGGAGCCAUCAGCAAUGCCGAGUGGGAAGGGGUGCGGCUCUCUGAUGUCCUCGCCGAUGCGGGCCUGAAAGUACUCGAUCCAACGGCGCCGACGCAGGCCGCCAGCUCGACAGCCCCAAGCGGUGACCAAGUCGACGCCAACUCGCUGCACGCCCAGUUCACCGGUCUCGAAGCCUACGGCGCCUCCAUCCCGCUUGCCAAGGCCCUCGAUCCGCGCGGCGACGUACUCUUAGCCUUCAGCAUGAACGGCAAGACGCUACCGCGGGACCACGGCUUCCCCCUCCGCGCCGUCGUGCCCGGCCAUGUUGCCGCGCGGUCAGUCAAGUGGCUUAGCAAGAUCGUCAUCUCCGACGAGGAGAGCACCAGUCAAUGGCAGCGUCGCGACUACAAGUCCUUCGGGCCCAACGAAGGGCCCAACCCCGACUGGGACCGCGCCCUCGCCAUCCAGGAAAUGCCCGUCACCAGCGCCAUUACCGGCGUCUGGGUAGGAGACUGCGUCCGAAGCGGGCGCGUCCCGUGGAUGGGGGACGACGGCAGCAAAGACGCCAAUCUCCAAACGGCGGACCAGAACAGUAACAGAAGCAACAGCAGCCGAAUCGUCGACAUGGCCGCUGUCUCCAAGAAAGUAGGCUUCACCCCUGAAUCGCGCACGCCAUCCAACCCCUCCGACACCGAGUCGCAAACCCCCGCCGAGCCCAUCGCGCUGCAGGGGUACGCCUACUCGGGCGGCGGCCGCGCCAUCGCACGCGUCGACGUGUCCCUCGACGGCGGCAGAACCUGGGACCAGGCCGAGCUGGUGGACGACUGCGGCUCAGGCAACUGCUUCGGCAACAAGACCUGGACCUGGAAGCGCUGGCGCUACGUGGGCAAACUGCCCGUGUUAUCCCUCCCGACCACCACUGCCCCCCCUGACGGCAACAAUACCGCUGCCGGAAAGGGGGACUGUCAUGACGACAGCCGAAAAGGGCCCAAACACUGCACUACGCUGGUGGUCAAAGCCACGGACGACGCGUACAACACGCAGCCGGAGAGCCACAAGCCGAUAUACAACGUGAGAGGCAACCUGGCGACGGCGUGGCAUCGCGUCAAGAUCUGCCCGCGGUGCACGGACAACGGCGACGGCAAGGGGUUGACCUGGUCCACGGGGGAGACGUACGGGUGCGGGUUCAAGAAGGAGGCAGAGGAGGUGAUGGAGGAGAUGAGUCGUCAUUUGACCUCCCCUGGUUCUGAUGCGAGCAAAAGAUCAAACUAGGUUGUGGAAAUGGUAUUGCUUGCUAUCUUGGGC